AUGCCAAAGCUGGUCGCCGUUGAUGUGUCCGUUUCAGACGACCGUGUCAGUCUCGUCUUUUCACAGAGCGCCGUCGCUGCAGCCUACGCGAAAUACCUCGAGUCCGAGGACGCUCGGCCAGCACAAGCACAGCCCAUCCCGGGAUACUACCGGGGCCCUCAGCUUCACCCCUCAGCCAGGGAAGUCACUGUAGCGCUGCCAACCGAGAUAACGUGGUUCAUUACCUGCCGGCUGCCCGACGACGAAGAUAGCGUGACCUUCACCUUCAUGGACGCCGACGAGACCCCUGCUAAGGGCUGGGCCGCCUCGAUGGUGCUGUUCGAGAAAGUCCCCGGCCCUGUUUACGACGAGAGUCUGAAUCAGAUGCACGUCCGACGCCUGUGGAACAAGUCCAAGCUUCUGAAGAAACUGGACGAC